AAAAGGGGCCAAAACUCUGGUCACCGACCACUUUGAUGCCUAUUCAUCUGUCACCUGGCUGGCGAAUUUUUCUAUUCUCAGUGCGUCCGUUGGAAACCUAACGACCCGCACCAGGACCCGCCAAAGCCAAAAUGCGGCUUUCUGGGCCGAUUCUAGUUGUGGCGUUCGCCUUCCUGGCUGACAUCUCUCUCGCACGAGUGGCCAGGGUAUCGAAGAUUCAUCGAAUUGAUAAGUCCAUCAACCCCAACACUCAUAGCCACCACCAAGAUCUUUUCAGCCGAAAGGACGUGAUAGUGGACAUCCAAGACAAAGACAAAAAUCAGUACCACGAACAAGAUUGUGAAAACAGUAAAUGCGCUCAAUAUGUUUACGGCUACGACGUGGGUCCAAACGGACAGUUCCACCACGAAGUUCGCGGCCCCGACGGAGUCACCUACGGGUGCUACGGCUACGUUGACCCCAACGGCCAACCCCGAGCCACUCACUACGUUGCCGACGCUUGGGGAUUCCGAGUGAUCAUCCCGGGAAAGCCAGUCGAGGUUUGGCGCCCGAAGCCUGGAACCACUGACGAAUACGAAAUGGAAACCAUUCCUUACGAACAGGCCCACUUCCCCAAGGGCUGCGGCACCGGCCCCGGGGGCACCCUGCCAGGGUCACCUGGUUACGACCCGAACGCAGGUCCUCAAGGACCACCUAAACCAGGCUCAGGAGGCAAACCGGGAACUCCCGGAACCGCCGGCACCCCAGGAACUCCAGGCACUCCUGGUCGACCAGGAACACCAGGCACACCAGGGACUCCAGGCAAACCCGGCACUGCAGGUAGUGGUGGCUCAGGAGGCAGCGGAGGAAGUGGAUCAGGAGGAGCAGGCGGCUCAGGUGGAAGUGGAGGCUAUCCCGGCUCACAAGGAUCUCCAGGAACCCCCGGUAGGCCAGGUACACCAGGUACACCAGGAACUCCAGGAAAACCCGGAACAGGUGGCUCUGGAGGACAAGGAGGUUCUGCUGGUGGUGCAGGAAGUGGAGGUGGAAGCGGAUCAGGUGGAAGUGGUGGCUACCCAGGAUCGCAAGGCUCACCAGGAACUCCUGGCAGACCCGGCACACCUGGAACACCUGGAACUCCAGGAACACCGGGAACAGGCGGCUCUGGAGGUUCUGGUGGACAUGGAGGAACUGCAGGAGGUGGAGGAGGGAGCGGAUCAGGUGGAUCUGGUGGAAGUGGAGGUUAUCCAGGAUCACAAGGCUCGCCAGGAUCUCCAGGAACUCCAGGUACACCCGGCAGACCCGGAACUCCAGGAACCCCUGGAACACCAGGAACAGGCGGCUCAGGAGGUCACGGUGGACAAGGAGGCGGAUCUGGUGGUGCAGGAAGCGGUGGCUCAGGCGGUAGCGGCGGCUACCCAGGAUCACAAGGUUCGCCAGGCACACCUGGUAGGCCAGGAACUCCAGGCACUCCUGGAACUCCAGGGACACCAGGAACAGGUGGCUCAGGAGGUAAUGGAGGACAAGGAGGAUCUGCUGGUGGCGCCGGAGGUUCUGGUGGAGCUGGAUCAGGUGGUUCGGGAGGAAGUGGAGGCUAUCCCGGUUCACAAGGUUCCCCUGGCACACCAGGAAGACCUGGAACACCAGGCACCCCCGGAACUCCAGGAACACCAGGAACAGGCGGCUCGGGAGGUCAUGGUGGACAAGGAGGCGGUUCUGGUGGUGCUGGAAGCGGUGGGUCAGGAGGCAGCGGCGGUUACCCAGGAUCGCAGGGUUCACCCGGCACACCCGGUAGACCUGGAACUCCUGGCACUCCUGGCACUCCAGGGACACCAGGUACUGGCGGCUCAGGCGGUCAUGGUGGUCAAGGAGGCUCACCAGGACAACCCGGAACACCAGGAACACCUGGAACACCAGGAUCAGGCGGACAUGGAGGUACAGCUGGAAGUGGAGGCUCUGGAGGUGGCGGCGGAUACCCUGGUACUCCAGGAACCCCUGGAAGACCUGGAACUCCAGGAACCGCAGGCACACCUGGAACUGCUGGAACACCAGGCAGCCCCGGCACACCUGGAACUGCUGGAACACCAGGCACCCCUGGUACACCGGGAACUGCAGGUAGUGGUGGACACGGAGGCAAAAGUUAUGACUUUGAGGCGAGCGCGUCCUAUCAGGAUCACUUGACCAAAGGUUCGACUAGCUUUUCUAGCCACGGAUCCAUCUCGGGAGAUAAAGGUGUGGCCUCCAACGUCCACGGCGAGAGCUCGUUUACGAGUUCGUCAGAAAAACACAAAGAAGGCAGUAGCAACACUAAUCUGAAUAGCCAGAGCUCAUUUUCAAGCUCAAAUGAUAACGGUUUAAAAAUACAAAUAUUUAAAAAUCAAUUUAUUUUAAAAUUUUUUCAAACAAAAGGUGGAAGUAAUUUCAACUCUCAGAGUUCAUUUUCCGGCAAAGACAAAGGAAGCAGUAAUUAUAACGCUCAAAAUUCAAUCACCGCCUCCAAUAAUAAAGGAGAGAGCAAUUUUAAUAGCCAAAGUUCUUUCAAUGCAAAUAAGGAUAAAGAUAAAGGAACCAGCAGCUUUGCAGUCCAAAAUAACUUUUCUGCAAACAAAGAUAAAGACAAGGGGACAAGUCAUGUAUCUGGAAGUAGCUCGUUUGGUGGCCACAAAGAAAAAGACAAGGAAUGCAGCCAUUUUCACGCUCAAAAUUCAUUUCAAGCAAAUAAGGAUAAAGACAAAGGCUCUAGCCACAUCAGUGGUGGCAGUUCAGUACAUGGGCACAAAGAUAAAGACAAAGGCUCGAACCACUUCAUUGGCAGCGGCUCUGUCAGUGUGCACAAAGAUAAAGACAAAGGUUCCACUCAUUUCAGUGGCCACGGCUCGGCAAGUGGCCACAAAGAAACGGACAAAGGAUCGAGCCAUUUUGCAACCCAUGGCUCGGUAACUGGUGACAAGGAUAAAGGAUCCACCCAGAAUUCUGGACAAGGAUCAUGUACUGGAGGCACUGGAGGCCAAGGUGGAGCUUCUAAACCUGGCACCAAACCUGGCUCUGGAGGUGCUGGCGGAGCAGGAUCGGGUGGACAAGGUGGAACUGGUGGUCAAGGUGGACAGCGUCCUCAAGGAGGAUAUCCUGGCCAACCAGGUAGCGGCGGGCAAGGCGGGCAAGGCGGAACUGCCGGUCAGGGCGGAUACCCUGGCUCACCAGGAACACCUGGGACUCCCGGCACCCCCGGAACUGGCGGACAGAGUGGAACUGCCGGACAAGGCGGAUAUCCUGGUUCACCAGGCACACCUGGUACUCCUGGAACUCCCGGUACCCCUGGAACCGGCGGUCAGGGCGGACAAGGCGGAACUGCCGGUCAGGGUGGUUACCCUGGAUCUCCUGGCACACCUGGCACAGGUGGACAAGGAGGACAUGGUGGGCAAGGUGGAUCACCAGGUUCCCCUGGUGGAUCUGGAACUGGUGGUCAAGGAGGACAAAAUGGACAAGGAGGGUAUCCUGGCUCACCAGGCACGCCCGGAACCCCCGGAACUCCUGGAACACCAGGCACACCCGGACAACCUGGUUCAGGGGGACAAGGAGGAAAUGGUGGACAAGGAGGCUAUCCUGGCCAACCUACAGGACCUCAAGGUGGAUAUCCUGGACAGCCUGGCACACCAGGCACGCCUGGAACACCGGGUACAGGAGGACAAGGCGGUCAAGGUGGAUACCCACAGGGAGGACAACCAGGUGGACCAGGAACACCAGGAACACCGGGAACACCAGGGUCACCAGGUUCUCCAGGAUCAGGAGGUCAGGGCGGGGAUGUUUCUGUGAUAGGUGGACAAGGUGGAUAUCCUGGUGAAGGCGUAACAGAAUACCCAGCUGGUCCAGGAUCGCCAGGAUCUGGAGGGCAAGGAGGACAAGGUGGCCAAGGAGGAUCUCCUGGUGGAUACCCUACGGGCCCUCAAGGGGGAUAUCCCGGCUCACAAGGACAACCAGGAACACCUGGUACACCUGGAACACCCGGAACUCCAGGCUCACCUGGCUCAGGCGGACAAGGUGGACAAGGAGGAUCUGGUAGUAAUGGUGGCUACCCUCAAGGACCGCAAACUGGUGGCCAACCCUCACAACCAGGGCAAGGAGGGGAUGGUGGAUACCCAGGACAACCAGGUACAGGAGGUCAAGGUGGACAAGGAGGUCAGCCCGGUCAAGGAGGAGACGGUGGCCAGGGAGGGCAUGGUGGUCAGGGCUAUCCAGGUGGACAACCACAGCAACCAGGAAGCGGAUACCCGCAAGGUCCUCAGCAACCUGAUGUAGAAAACUUGGAGCGACCAGGAGGUGGUCAACCACAACAGCCAGGAGGGGUCUAUCCUCAGCAGCCUGGCGGCGGAUACCCACAGGAACCAGAAGGUCAGAUCCCUAACGAGCCCGGCAGUGGUUAUCCUCAGCAGCCAAGUGGCGGACAGCCGCAACAACCUGGAGGUGGAUAUCCUUCACAGCCGCAACAGCCUGGAGGUGGUUAUCCUUCACAGCCGCAACAGCCAGGAGGUGGUUAUCCUUCGCAACCACAGCAACCUGGUGGCGGACAACCUCAGCAACCUGGAGGUGGAUAUCCUUCACAACCUGAACAGCCAGGAGGUGGAUAUCCUUCACAGCCGCAACAGCCUGGAGGAGGUUAUCCUUCACAGCCGCAACAGCCAGGAGGUGGUUAUCCUUCGCAACCACAGCAGCCUGGUGGGGGACAACCCCAACAGCCUGGAGGUGGAUACCCUUCGCAACCGCAGCAACCUGGUGGCGGACAACCCCAACAACCUGGAGGUGGUUAUCCUUCGCAACCACAGCAGCCUGGUGAACCCCAACAACCUGGAGGAGGAUACCCUUCGCAACCACAGCAGCCUGGAGGAGGAUACCCUUCGCAACCACAGCAACCUGGAGGUGGUUAUCCUUCACAGCCGCAACAGCCAGGAGGUGGUUAUCCUUCGCAACCACAGCAGCCUGGUGGGGGACAACCCCAACAACCUGGAGGUGGAUACCCUUCGCAACCACAGCAGCCUGGAGGAGGAUACCCUUCGCAACCACAGCAACCUGGAGGUGGUUAUCCUUCACAGCCGCAACAGCCAGGAGGUGGUUAUCCUUCGCAACCGCAGCAGCCUGGUGGGGGACAACCCCAACAACCUGGAGGUGGAUACCCUUCGCAACCACAGCAGCCCGGAGGUGGUUAUCCCUCACAACCACAACAACCUGGAGGUGGCUACCCUCAGCAGCCUCAACAGCCUGGUGGCUAUCCUCAACGACCUGGAAGCGGAGGUGGUUAUCCUCAGCAACCACCUCAAGUUCAUCCGUUCCCUGGUCAAGGCGGAAGCCAUCCAAGUGGACCACCUUCGCAGCCAAGUGCACCCCCUCAGGCUGGAUACAUCCCCGUCAUUUUCUACCCGUACUGCCCUGACAAAGAGGGAACCCCUGCUCAAAUUUACCCCGUCCUCUACCCAGUCGGAGCGCCCCCUGGCCAAGCUUGCGCGCAGUGUGCUGCUAGUAGGAGGAGAAAUGGCUACGGAAGAUCCCUGCUCGACGCUUCCAACGAGAGUUUGAAGAAAAUCCUCGAGCAAGCUCAUCUGGAGACAUCAUUCCAGCCAGUAGGACGCACAAGAGCUCUGCGAGCCCUUGAAACUGCCAUGGUCCAAAUCAAAAAGGAAGUUGAAAGUUCAAAAGUGAUUAAGUCUUAAACAAAAGGAAAUGGAACGGUGGAGGGUAGUUCUUAAACAGCCAGUGAGAUUUUAAUGGGAACUCAAAUUUUGUGGAUUUGUGUGCCAAAUUGUGUUAUACUUAAAUUCAACACUGCUGAAAGGGUUAAUUUAUUUAUUUUGCCAUAAGCCGUAACUGAUGUGAAAUUUGGAUUGAAUUAUCUGCAGAAUGACAAAAAAAAUUAUGUUUAAACGAACAAUCUGCCAAUAAAAAAUUUCUAGCAUUUACUAACA